GAGGCUCAGAGACCGAACGGGGUCGUCUCCCGAGCAACCGCUCGGGGUUACCAUGGAAACGACCACUUCCGGCUCGGUCCUCCGCGGAGUCGCCGGCCGGCCGGCGCGCCCGUUAGAGCCUCGGCUGUGCCUGGAGGGCCGGUGUUCAGGCCGAAGUGAAAGUAUUUGGAAAACGACCAUACAGUGCAGCUCGCAGGUCGACGGACUGUGCGGUCUAGGCCUUCUUUACUCCCCUGACGUUUCUCCAGCGACUCAGAAGCAGAGGAAGAUGGGGCAUCAGGAGUGAACGGACUGAUAAAGAAGCAGAGCUUCAUAAAGUGGCGCCACGACGAGUGGGGGCGAGAACGAGCGUGAGGACCUGGAGCAGGAGUGGCAGCCCCCGGACGAGGAGCUCGUCAGGAAGCUGGUGGAUCAGAUCGAAUUCUACUUUUCUGAUGAGAACCUGGAGAAGGAUGCCUUCCUGCUGAAGCACGUGAGGAGGAACAAGCUGGGCUACGUGAGUGUCAAGCUGCUCACGUCCUUCAAGAAGCUGCCACUUACUGGAUCUAUUUAGGAGGGUUCUCCUCUGUUGAAAACUGGCUGCAGAGCAGACACAGCUCUUCCAAAAUGACAGCAAAGACCCUUUUCAUUCUACAGGCUUCCUGCCAAUCAUAAUGGAAACGUAUUUGACAAAGGUGAAACACCUUACACGGGACUGGAGAACCACAGCGCAUGCCUUGAAGUACUCAGGGACCCUCGAGUUGAAUGAGGACCAUCGGAAGGUGAGGAGGACCACCCCCGUCCCACUCUUCCCCAACGAGAACCUCCCCAGCAAGAUGCUCCUGAUCUAUGACCUCUACCUGUCCCCCAAGCUGUGGACCCUGGCCACCCCCCAGAAGAACGGGAGGGUGCAGGAGACAGUGAUGGAACACCUGCUCAAGCUGUUUGGGACCUUUGGGGUCAUCUCGUCAGUGCGAAUCCUCAAGCCUGGGAGAGAGCUGCCCCCGGACAUCCGGAGGAUCAGCAGCCGCUACAGCCAGGUGGGGACCCAGGAGUGCGCCAUCGUGGAGUUCGAGGAGGUGGAAGCAGCCGUCAGGGCCCAUGAGUUCAUGAUCACGGAGUCUCGGGGCAGGGAGGGCAUGAAGGCGGUCCUGAUCGGGAUGAAGCCGCCCAGAAAGAAGCCGUCUAGGGAGAAGGCCCAGGAGGAGGAGCCCGUGGCGAGCGCCCACCCAGGCAGGUCCCCGAACCGCAGAGUCGGGGAGCUCCAGUCCCCGGCGGACGAGGCCUCUGCCAGCGGCUCCUCCGACCCCGAGAGCAACCCCACGUCCCCCACGGCUGGCCGGCGACACGGGGCUGCCCACAGGCUCAGCCCUGCCGGCCACCAGAGUCUCUUCCUGAGCCCAAACGCCUCCCCAUGCCCGAGCCCUUGGAGCAGCCCCUUGGCUCAACGCAAAGGCGUUUCCAGAAAGUCCCCGCUGGCCGAGGAAGGUAGGCUGAACCCGAGCGCCAGUCCUGAGAGCUUCCGCAAGGGCACAGAUUAUUCCUCAGACAGCAGUGUCACGCCCUCGGGCAGCCCCUGGGUUCGGAGGCGCCGCCAAGCCGAGAUGGGGGCGCAGGAGAAGAGCCCCAGAGCGAGUCCCCUGCUCUCCCGGAAGAUGCAGACUGCAGACGGGCUCCCCGUGGGGGUGCUGCGGCUGCCCCGGGGCCCCGACGACACCAGAGGGUUCCACGGCGGACACGAGAGGAGCCGGGCCUGUGUAUAAAUUCCUUCUAUUUUUAAUACCAGCUCCACUGAAAAUCCCCUUUGUUUUCAAGGUUCUGACAAGUUCCUGGCAUGACACAGAAUGAAAUUAAGUCCCCUUUGAAAGAUUUUGUAUACCUUUAGACCUCUUAAUUUAUAUAUUUGUAAUGUACAUAAAUUGCCCAGUAUGCUCUGGUUUUAAGACCAUCGUCUAGUUCAGAACCCCUGUUCCUCCCAGCAUGACCGUUACUUUGAUGGCGCCCGACGUGCGCGAGGGUCGUGGCUCUGCAGGGCCGUGGGACGGGGGCAGCCCGGGAAGGUCUGGCAGCAGGUCUCUUCUUCGGGGCGGGGCUUGUCUCUGCAGGGACUGAGCUGCGCUCGGCUGGCUGUGCGAGGGCUCGCUGAAAGCCCAGAGGGGCCCAGCUGCGCACCAGCAACUAGAGAGGCCAGCAGCAUGGUGUUUUAUGGGACCAAAUGUACGUUUCCUGUCAAGUGAAUAAAUAAUAAGACACCCGA